CUUGAGCCGCGGGCCAGUGGACGCUGUGGUCCGCUGCGGGUAGAGACGCGCGAACCGAAGCGCUCGGUGACGUUCUGCGACGCCAAGCCGACACCAUGGGGGACAGCCGGGACCCAGCCAGCGAUCAGAUGAAGAGGUGGAAGGAGCAGCGGGCCGCGCAGAAACCUGAUGUCCUGACCACGGGAGCCGGUAACCCAAUAGGAGACAAACUGAACAUUAUCACAGCAGGGCCCCGCGGGCCCCUUCUUGUCCAGGAUGUGGUCUUCACUGACGAAAUGGCUCACUUUGACCGAGAGAGAAUUCCGGAGAGAGUGGUGCACGCCAAAGGAACAGGGGCCUUUGGUUACUUUGAGGUUACACAUGACAUUACCAGAUACAGCAAGGCGAAGGUGUUUGAGCAUAUUGGGAAGAAGACCCCGAUUGCAGUUCGGUUCUCCACUGUGGCUGGAGAAUCGGGCUCAGCUGACACAGUUCGUGACCCUCGAGGGUUUGCAGUGAAAUUUUACACAGAAGAUGGUAACUGGGAUCUCGUUGGAAACAACACUCCCAUUUUCUUCAUCAGGGAUGCCCUACUGUUUCCAUCCUUUAUCCAUAGCCAGAAGAGGAAUCCUCAGACACACCUAAAGGACCCGGACAUGGUCUGGGACUUUUGGAGCCUGCGUCCAGAGUCGCUGCAUCAGGUUUCUUUCUUGUUCAGUGACCGAGGGAUUCCGGACGGCCAUCGGCAUAUGAACGGAUAUGGGUCGCAUACUUUCAAGUUGGUCAAUGCCAGUGGAGAGGCAGUUUAUUGUAAAUUCCACUACAAGACUGACCAGGGCAUCAAAAACCUUCCUGUUGCGGAUGCAGCAAGAAUUUCUCAGGAAGAUCCUGACUACGGCAUCCGGGAUCUUUUCAAUGCCAUUGCCACCGGCAACUACCCCUCUUGGACGUUCUACAUCCAGGUCAUGACGUUUGAUCAGGCGGAAACUUUUCCAUUUAAUCCGUUUGAUCUCACCAAGAUUUGGCCUCACAAGGACUAUCCUCUUAUCCCAGUUGGCAAAUUGGUCCUGAAUCGGAAUCCAGUUAAUUACUUUGCUGAGAUUGAACAGCUGGCCUUUGACCCAAGCAACAUGCCGCCCGGCAUCGAGCCCAGCCCUGACAAGAUGCUUCAGGGCCGUCUUUUCUCCUAUCCCGAUACUCACCGUCAUCGCUUGGGACCCAACUAUCUUCAGAUACCGGUGAACUGUCCCUACCGGGCUCGAGUGGCCAACUACCAGCGUGAUGGCCCCAUGUGCAUAACCGACAAUCAGGGCGGUGCUCCCAAUUACUACCCCAACAGCUUCAGCGCCCCCGACCAGCAGCGUUCCGCCCUGGAGCACGGCACCCGCUGCUCCGGAGACGUGCAGCGCUUCAACAGUGCCAACGAAGACAACGUCACGCAGGUGCGGGACUUCUACGUGAGAGUGCUGAACGAGGAGGAGAGGAAGCGCCUGUGCGAGAACAUCGCCGGCCACCUGAAGGACGCGCAGCUGUUCAUCCAGAAGAAAGCCGUUAAGAACUUCAGUGACGUGCACCCUGACUAUGGGGCCCGCAUCCAGGCUCUUCUGGACAAGUACAACGCUGAGAAGCCUAAGAACGCGAUUCACACGUUUGUGCAGUCCGGGUCUCACCUGACGGCGAAGGAGAAAGCCAACCUGUGAGGUGGGGAGCUCCGGCCUGCACAGCAAAGCCCGGCAUCCACACGUGGGACCCACACGCCGUGGGACAGAAGGUUCUCCUAGGUGCUAGAUACGCAAAUGCAAGUGAAUGUCUUUGAGACGCUCCCCCAGCUUUCUAUAGCAACUAAUGCAACUGUGAUGUUUAAUCUGAUUUCCCCAGGGGGAAAAUGGAGGUUGGGGCUUAAUAAUCACCUACAAGAAACGCAGAUCUGCUUCUGACCGUUGGUUGGAUCAUUCACUUAAAAUGACGUAGAAGGAAGCUUUGUAGUUGGAAAGAUGAUUUCAUUUGCUGGGAGAAGAAUCUUGGUGAAAUCAAUAUGUUUACAUAUCACCUCCAGGCCUAUUACAGGAAAACAUGGCUGUAAAUUAUACAAGAAGAAAAGAUACAGGUGAUCCACCCAGAGAUUCUUAUUUUUCUAACGUCCUCGCAGGAGAAACCCAUUUAAAGUCUUCAGAAAAUUGCUUCAGCAGCUUCGUGGCUUAAUGUUUCUUCCUCUUGUAGCUGAUGAGGCUCAUCUCUUUUUUUCCCCUUCCACUGGAAAUCACACUUACGCUCGUCUGUCGUUGAUUUCACCACCCAUGGGUUUGUAAUUUCUCACAGUUUUACAAUAAAGUAAUCUGUACCAAACAGUAGAA